CCUGGUCCCCCACUCUCCAACCCCACAGACGCUCUGGGCCUGGGCCCCUGCCCCUGCCCAAGCUAUGGCUCCCGGGGCUCCUUCUUCCAGCCCCAGCCCUAUCCUGGCUGUGCUGCUCUUCUCUUCUUUGGUGCUGUCCCCGGCCCAGGCCAUUGUGGUUUACACGGACAGGGAGGUCCAUGGUGCUGUGGGCUCCCGGGUGACCCUGCACUGCUCCUUCUGGUCCAGUGAGUGGGUCUCAGAUGACAUCUCCUUCACCUGGCGUUACCAGCCCGAAGGGGGCAGAGAUGCCAUUUCGAUCUUCCACUAUGCCAAGGGUCAGCCCUACAUCGACGAGGUGGGGACCUUCAAAGAGCGUAUCCAGUGGGUAGGAGACCCUCGCUGGAAGGAUGGCUCCAUUGUCAUACACAACCUAGACUACAGUGACAAUGGCACUUUCACCUGUGACGUCAAAAACCCUCCAGACAUAGUGGGAAAGACCUCUCAGGUCACGCUCUAUGUCUUUGAAAAAGUGCCAACUAGAUACGGGGUGGUGCUGGGAGCCGUGAUCGGGGGUGUCCUCGGGGUGGUGCUGUUGCUGCUGCUGCUUUUCUACCUGGUUCGGUACUGCUGGCCGAACCCACAGCACCCGUUUUCCUGCAGUGCCAUGGAGAAGGGGAAGUUGCACAAGGCUGGAAAGGACUCAUCGAAGCGCGGGCGGCAGACACCCGUGCUGUACGCCAUGCUGGACCACAGCAGAAGCACCAAAGCGGCCAGCGAAAAGAAGUCCAAGGGGCUGGGGGAGUCUCGCAAGGAUAAGAAAUAGCGGUUAGCGGGCCGGGCGGGGGCGCGGGGUUCAGGGGCGGAGGCCGCCAAAGGCCCUCAGGUGGUGGUCAUCGAGAUGGAGCUACGGAAGGAUGAGCAGGGCUCGGAGCUCCGGCCUGCUGUCAAGUCCCCCAGCAGAACCAGCCUCAAAAACGCCCUCAAGAACAUGAUGGGCCUGGACUCGGACAAGUGA